UUGAGCCUCUGUUUAAAGUCUAAGCUCGAAACGAUAGGAUGCUCUCUAGAAAGCACACCAUCCCGAUACUUUGGAGUGUACUGAUCCCGGGAAUAGCGAUCGGAAUUUAUUUCUUAGUGUAUUGGAAUUGGCAAAACUUGCCGGCUGGAUUGCGUGUGGUUGAUGAGCCCCCUCAUGAACCAGUGUUCAUAGCUGAGCGAGCCCAUACCCUGCUGCGUACCCUCACCAGCCAAGGUCCACGGGUAGUCGGAAGUGACACGAAUGAAAUCUUUACGGUGCGCUUCCUGGUUGACACUCUGAGACAGAUUUCCUGGGAUGCAGACCCCAGCAAUGUCGUGUCGGUUGAGGUUCAGGAAGCUUCGGGGAGUAUGUUUUUGGACAGGGAAAACUAUCCGAUGACCAGCUACUAUCGGGGAGUUCAGAAUGUGGUUGCAACGGUUCGAAAGCGUGACGAUGAACAGUUUAGUGGGAAGUAUUUGCUGCUGAAUGCACAUUUCGACAGUGUUAUCACUAGUCCCGGGGCAGGAGAUGAUGGAACAAUGACGGUUGUUAUGCUUGAAGUAUUGCGGCAGAUAUCAAAGGUUGAUCUGAAGCUGAAACAUGGUUUGAUAUUUCUGUUCAACGGUUGUGAGGAAAACACCAUGCAAGGAGCUCAUGGUUUCGUUACUGGUCAUCCUUUGGCUAAGAACGUUUCGGCGUUCUUGAAUUUGGACAUAGCGGCCAACGAGGGACGUGAGAUGAUGUUCCAAACGGUGCCUAACUAUCCCUUUUUGAUGGAUUACUACAGGAAAUAUGUUAAACGGCCAUACGCGAAUUCGUUGGCCGAGGAAAUCUUUCAACUAGGAUGGGUUCCAUCGUUUACGGAUUUUGAAGUUUUCUCUGGGGUUGGAGAAUGGCCUGGAAUGGAUUUUGCGCUGGCCUCUUACGGAUACCUGUAUCACACCAAGUACGAUGCGUUCGAAUCAAUCUCACCGAGAACAUUGCAGCACAUAGGAGAUAACAUCCUUCCCUUGACGAUUGGACUAGCUCAAGCAGAUGAGCUGUUGAGAGUCGAUGAGCAUGUUGGAGGCUCGGAUAGCUUUUUCGAUUACUUACACCUGUUCCAUGUGAAGUACAGUCAAGUCAUAACCUUGGUCAUAAAUUCGUUGGUUGCUAUAAUAGGUUUAGGUCUCAUUAUAACCACCAUAGUUCUAAUAGCUAAGUGGGAGAAAAUUCGACUGAUCAAACUUCUUCUGGAGAGCGGAAUAACGUUAGUCAUUCAAAUCUUAUCAAUCGGAAUCGGUGCUGGUCUAUCGAUAGCGGUUGCCGUAAUCAUGGAUGAGCUCAACCUAUCCAUGUCAUGGUUCACUUCAAAUUGGCUUGUAUUUGGAUUAUUCUUCAUCCCUACCUUAUUCGGCUUAAUUACCGGACCAUGGCUAUAUAUCCGCUACCGUAAAAUCCCCGAUCUCAACAAAGAUCGUAGAAUUCUCCUUUUCUUACAUGCUCAAAAUUUCAUCUUCAUUGCUCUGCUGCUCACCCUCACUGUCCAAGAAAUAAGAUCCGGAUACAUCCUUCUGUUCCCGGUUUUAUUCCACUCAGGAUUCACGGCUAUCAACCUGUUGAUUAAAUUCAAAUUUCCAUACUGGAUCAUCGUUCAAGUAUUAGGCCAAGUGAUUCCGUUCUUCUAUUUCUGCUCACUCAGUAUAACAGUAUUCACCAUAAUGAUCCCGAUGAGCGGCCGCAGUGAUCCCGGUGAAAACCCCGACAUCUUAAUUGCCAUGUUCAGCAUCCUUAUGGCACUGUUUCUGUUCGGAUUGCUUUUACCGCUAUUGCUUCUGCUCAGAAAAAUCAGAUACUUUUACACAGUUUUGAUCCUGAUGUUCAUUACCACAAUCAUUCUGGUAGUCAGUCCGGUAGGAUUUCCGUACAGGGAAGGCGUCACUCCUCAGCGUCAUCAUAUUUUCCAUCAGGAACGAAUCUUCCGGUUCCAGAACGGCACCACUCGGUACAACGUAGCCAACUACUUCGCCAUGUCUUCGGACCGACAUACGCAGCGAUUACUACAGAAAGAUGUUCCCCGGUGGAAAGGAUCGGCUUCGAUUAUGUACUUCUGCCAGGAGGAGCUGUUUUGUGGCUUUCCAACGUAUCACAAUCGCUACCAUCGCUAUCGGGAGCACAAUCGUUGGUUAACGGCAUUGUCGUUUCCAGUAUUCCCACACCCGGUAAACCUGGUUCUGCAAGGUGUUCAGGAUCUUUCCCUUUACCAUAGACGCUUCCAAUUCACCCUUGAAGGACCAACACUAAUGGGACUCUACGUAUCAGCCAAGCCAGGAGGCACAUUGAAAGCUUGGUCGUUUAGUGACAGAAUUCCAAGUACUUUUACACCGUGGAACGACCAAGAAGUGCACUACGUAAAUCUGAUACAGGCCAAAACGCGUUCUCCGUUGGAGUUCUACAUAGACAUUGCGACUGCAUCGCCGUUGACCAGCGAACCAAUUUUGAUGAUGAACGUAGUUGGAAAUUAUAUGCACCACGAGCAGUACCACGUGGAGGAGUUUAGGAACCUUGUCGGCGAGAUGCCAUCGUAUGCCCAUACGGUGGCCUAUCCUAACUUUUUGGAAAACCGGGAGUUUUGAUAAUGUUUAAUAGAAUGAGUUCCAAUGAAGUAUGUCGCUUGACCUUAUUUACAAUUACCCCCAUUGAAUGUAAACUGGCCAUUCUACUGAAUUUAACUAGGUCUCGAGGUGAGAAUCCUUGAUGUUCUCAAG